AUGGGGAAUUAUAAAUCCAGACCUACUCAAACUUGCACUGAUGAAUGGAAGAAGAAAGUCAGUGAAUCUUAUGUUUCUGUAAUAGAGAGAUUAGAAGAUGACCUACAGAUCAAGGAAAAAGAACUUACAGAACUGAGGCAUAUAUUUGGCUCUGAUGAAGCCUUCAGUAAAGUCAAUUUAAAUUACCGUACAGAAAAUGGGCUAUCUCUACUUCAUUUAUGUUGCAUUUGUGGAGGCAACAAGUCACAUAUCCGAACUCUUAUGUUAAAAGGCCUCCGCCCAUCUCGACUGACAAGAAGUGGAUUUACAGCCUUACACUUGGCUGUUUACAAGGCUAGUGCAGAAUUGAUCACUUCCAUGCUUCACAGUGGAGCUGAUAUCCAGCAGGUUGGGUAUGGUGGCCUCACUGCCCUGCAUAUUGCUACAAUAGCUGGUCACCUGGAGGCUGCUGAUGUACUGUUGCAGCAUGGAGCAAAUGUCAACGUUCAAGAUGCAGUUUUUUUCACCCCACUGCAUAUUGCAGCAUACUAUGGCCACGAACAGGUCGCCCGCCUCCUUCUGAAAUUUGGUGCUGAUGUAAAUAUAAGUGGUGAAGUUGGAGACAGGCCCCUCCACCUGGCAUCUGCGAAAGGAUUCUUUAACAUUGUGAAACUCUUGAUAGAAGAAGGCAGCAAAGCAGAUGUGAAUGCUCAGGAUAAUGAAGACCAUGUCCCACUCCAUUUCUGUUCUCGCUUUGGUCACCGUGACAUAGUGAAAUACCUGCUUCAAAGUGAUUCAGAAGUUCAGCCCCAUGUUGUUAAUAUUUAUGGAGACACCCCUCUGCACCUGGCAUGCUACAAUGGCAAAUUUGAGGUUGCAAAGGAAAUCAUCCAAAUAUCAGGAACAGAAAGUCUGACUAAGGAAAACAUCUUCAGUGAAACAGCUUUUCACAGUGCUUGUACUUAUGGCAAAGACAUUGACCUGGUGAAAUUUCUUCUUGAUCAGAAUGUUCUAAGUAUCAACCACCAAGGAAGAGAUGGGCACACUGGACUACACUCUGCUUGUUACCACGGUCACAUCCGCCUGGUUCAGUUCUUACUGGAUAAUGGAGCUGAUAUGAAUCUGGUAGCUUGUGAUCCCAGCAGGUCUAGUGGCGAAAAAGAUGAGCAGACAUGUUUGAUGUGGGCUUAUGAAAAAGGUAUAUUUUUAAUCAUCCAUAUAGUCAAGCACGUGGAAAAGUUAAGGUCAGAGCUACCAGGAAAUCAAGAGACAAAUUGCAUUGGGGAAGUCAGCUAUAUUUCUCUUGUGAAGCCUUUGGGUAGAUUAAAACUUCUGUUUACAGAGAAAGCAGAUGUUCUCCUCCUCAGGGCUGGAUUACCCUCACAUUUCCAUCUUCAACUCUCAGAAAUCGAGUUCCAUGAGAUUAUUGGUUCAGGUUCUUUUGGAAAAGUGUAUAAAGGACGAUGCCGGAAUAAAAUAGUAGCUAUAAAACGUUAUCGAGCCAACACUUACUGCUCCAAGUCAGAUGUGGACAUGUUUUGCAGAGAGGUAUCCAUUCUCUGUCGUCUCAAUCACCCUUGUGUGAUUCAGUUUGUGGGUGCUUGCUUGAAUGAUCCCAGCCAGUUUGCCAUUGUAACUCAGUACAUAUCAGGAGGUUCUCUGUUCUCCCUUCUUCAUGAGCAGAAGAGGAUUCUUGACUUGCAGUCUAAAUUAAUUAUUGCAGUAGAUGUUGCCAAAGGUAUGGAGUACCUUCACAACCUGACACAGCCAAUUAUUCACCGUGACUUGAACAGCCACAAUAUCCUUCUCUACGAAGAUGGGCAUGCUGUGGUGGCAGAUUUUGGAGAAUCAAGAUUUCUGCAGUCUCUGGAUGAGGACAACAUGACAAAACAACCUGGGAAUCUCCGUUGGAUGGCUCCUGAGGUGUUCACCCAGUGUACCCGCUACACCAUCAAAGCUGAUGUCUUCAGCUAUGCUCUGUGUCUGUGGGAACUUCUUACUGGAGAAAUUCCAUUUGCUCAUCUCAAGCCAGCUGCUGCAGCAGCAGACAUGGCUUACCAUCAUAUCAGACCACCCAUUGGCUACUCUAUCCCCAAGCCUAUAUCAUCUCUGCUGAUGCGAGGAUGGAAUGCAUGUCCUGAAGGAAGACCUGAAUUUUCUGAAGUUGUUAAGAAGUUAGAAGAGUGUCUCUGUAACAUUGAGCUAAUGUCUCCUGCAUCCAGUAACAGCAGUGGGUCCAUCUCACCCUCUUCUUCUUCUGAUUGCCUGGAGAGCCGGGGAGUCCCUGGUCGGAGCCAUGUAGCAGCUUUAAGGAGUCGUUUUGAAUUGGAAUAUGCUCUCAAUGCAAGAACCUAUGCUGCCUGGUCCCAAAUCUCUGGACAAUGCUCGUCUCAAGGCUUGUCUUUAGAGGAAAUGAAAAGAAGUCUUCAAUUCUCACCUGUUGAUAAAUAUGGCUACGUGUCUGAUCCCAUGAGUCCGAUGCAUUUUCAUUCUUGCCAGAAUAGUGGCAGUUUUGAGGACAGCAGCUGA